GAUGGUCUGGCAGGGCUCCUACGGGCUUUGGGGCCAGAACGCGACCUGUCCGGACUAGCAACACUUUAGAACAGGGGGUGUCAGGACUGGAAGAGACCUCAGAACAGGGGGUGUCGGAGCUGGAAGAGUGGAGUCUGACCUCAUUUUACAGAGAGCCUGAUGCUCUAGUGAUUACACUGAGGGAAAAGUAUUCAGAAAAACUAAUUUCAUCUAACCUCUGUGGGAUGUAGAGCAGAGUUUACAGACCAGUGAAUGUAGAAGUUCCUGUCAAGGAAGACCAAGAUUUGUGACCCAACCUCUAGCCAAAGUGAGGUAGACCCUAAAGUUGAUGAUGGCUACAGCUCUUUGCCCUCCAGCAAAGGCUCCUCUGGAGCUAGAGGGACACUUGAUGAUGAAGUUGGAAAAGGACACUUCAUGGGCUUCUGAAUCAACCUUUCAAGGGAAAGACUCUGAUUCUGAGACCUUGCGCAAGAGCUUUAGGCAGUUCCGUUAUGAGGAUGUAUCUGGACCCCAUGAAGCUUUCAGCAGACUCUGGGAACUUUGCUGCCAGUGGCUGAAGCCAGAAGUGCAUUCCAAAGAGCAGAUCCUGGAAUUAUUGGUACUUGAGCAGUUCCUGACCAUUCUGCCCAAGGAGAUUGAGAACUGGGCACGGAAGCAGUGUCCAGAGAGUGCUGAGGAAGCUGUAGCCCUAAUUGCAGAUUUGGAGAAAGAGCCUGGAAGACUGAGGCAGCAGGUUAUGAAUCACGUGCACUUAGAGAAGACAGUGUCCCUUGGAGCAACAUGGGAAGUACCAGGCUUUCAAAUGGAACAAGUAGAGGGCCAGCCUAAGAUGGUAACACAGGAGAAGGCUGGGAACCUACACUUAGGACUUCAGGGACAACUAAACCAUAAAGGGGAGCCCCAACCCUUACAAAAGAAUGCACUACCUCCUUCAUGGAUUCCUCACCUUCCUGAAAAAAGGAAUACUGGAGAUCAGGAAGUGAUGGCUAUGCCACUUCUUACUACUGGGUCCCAGGAAUCUCUGAUAUGUUCGGGAAUAUCCAGAAAUCUCUCCCACAAGAAGUGGGGGCAUCUAAAUCCUGCUCACAAGAACUUCUGCAGGGGUAUCAUGAAGGAGAAUUAUAGGAACAUGGUUUCACUAGGAAUUCCAAUUUCAACAGCUAAGAAGAUGUCCCAGCUGGCUCGAGGGAAAAAGCCAUGGGUCUUAGCAUUCCAGGGCUCCAAUAAGAGACAUGUCCUUCGAGGAAUCCAUACAGGAGAAAAGCGAGGACCUAUCCAGGCACUGGCAAAAAGGAACGGAAAAACCUGGAGAGACCAGCAGCCAUGGACCUUGGAAGAUGAAAAGAUUGCCGGAGUACAUUGGAGCUAUGAAGAAACCAAGACCUUCCUUGCAAUUCUCAGAGAGUCUCGGUUUUAUGAAACACUUCGGGCUUGUCCUCGAAAUAGCCAGGUGUAUGGAGCAGUGGCUGAGUGGUUGCGAGAGUGUGGCUUUCUCCGGACACCAGAGCAAUGUAGGACCAAGUUCAAAAGUCUCCAAAAGAGCUACCGAAAAGUAAGGAAUGGCCACAUGCUGGAACCCUGUGCCUUCUAUGAAGAGAUGGAUGCCCUGUUGAAUCCUGGACCCAAUGCCACAACCACUGACAUCCCAAAAGAGACUGUUUCUCCUCCAGGGCAAGGGGAUGUCACUCCCAAAGCUGAAGAACAGGACAUAUGGGAACAGGAAGAAGCUGCAGAUGAAUCUGAUGGUGAUGAAAUGGGCAUUGAGUUCACCCAAAAGCCUGAGAUCUCUGGGGCUCCAGCCUUGUUCCAAAACCUAAGUGGUGUGCACUGGGGCUAUGAGGAAACUAAGACUUUCCUUGACAUUCUUAGUGAGUCUCGGUUUUAUGAAGCCCUUCAAGCCUGUCAUCGAAAGAGCAAAGUGUACGGGGCAGUGGCAGAGCAGCUUCAAGAAUGUGGCUUCCUUCGGACACCAGAACAAUGCCGGACCAAGUUCAAAAGCCUUCAAAAGAGUUACCGCAAAGUAAGGAGUGGCAGUGUGCUAGAAUCAUGUGCCUUCUAUGAGGAGUUGGAUGCGCUAAUGAAUGCCCAGGCUUCUGCCCCCUCCAUUGAUAACCUGGAAGAAGUAAUGCCUCUGAUUCGAGGAGAAAAUGGUGUUGAGAUUGAACCUCAAGAACAGGGAGGCUGGGAACAUGAGGAGUCCUUACAAGCAGCCAUGGUGGAGGACUGUGACAGCCAAAGAAUUUGUGCCAACGAACUGGUAGAGGAACCUGAGUCCCAAGGCACUCUAACUUUGGGUCAAAACUUAAGCGGUUUUGAGAUGAGUAGUAGGAAUAAGAAAGAUUCAACACAAAUAUAUGAGAAAGUGGACCUACAUUCAACAUUAUCAGGAAAGUCUAAAGAUGGCAUUCCCCAUGAUAUUGAUCCAGGAAAAGACCAGAAGAGGGACUGCAAGUCCAAAAGACAAUGGAGAAAUUGCCUCCCAGGAGAAAGACAAGGGAAAUUCAUUACCCAGCAGAGAGAUUUAGGAAAGGUCAUAGGUCAUCGGAGACCUUUCAUGGGAUGGAGACCUUACAGAUUUUUCAAAUAUGGGAGAAGUUUUCUUCAGAGCUCACAUCUUACGUGUCAGGCAAGUCAUCAGAAAGAAAACCCCUACAAAUGUAAUGUGUGUGGGAAGUGCUUUGGAAGAAGCAGGAGCCUUAUAAGACACCAAAGAAUCCACACAGGAGAGAAACCUUUUAAAUGUCUUGAGUGUGGGAAAAGUUUUAAUGACUCCUCAAACUUUGGUGCUCACCAGAGAAUCCACACAGGAGAGAAACCCUAUAAAUGUAGUGUGUGUGAAAAAUGUUUCAGUCAGAGCUCAAGCCUUGUAAUACAUCAGAGAACUCACACAGGAGAGAAGCCUUAUCAGUGUGGUGAGUGUGGGAAAAGUUUCACCAACAGCUCUCACUUUAGCGCCCAUUGGCGAAUACACACAGGAGAGAAUCCUUACAAAUGUGUGGAUUGUGAAAAAAGUUUUAGUAACUGUACCCGGUUUGGAGAACAUCAGAGAACUCACACAAGAGAAAAACCUUAUGAGUGUUCUCACUGUGGUAAAAGCUUCAGCAAAAGCUCAGCUCUUACUAAACACCAAGGAAUACACUUGAGAGAAAAGCUGCCAUCACAACUUACAUCUGAUUAUACUCUAGAAAACUUAGACAGGGCUGAAGAGUUUGAAAAACUUUUUGACAGAGUUCCCAUCUCCUAAUUAAAUGUCCUUUUGGCUUAAAAGUAAUAAUAAUUUGCAGUCCUUCAUCCUCAUUCAUAAAAUAGUCUGUGACAGUCAUGGCAUCAAUUUUCUAUUUAUUAUAAAACAUAACUCUUAAGACAGCCAGGAAAUGUUAAUAUUCAGGUGGAAGGGGUCAAAUUCCUAUUUCUGCCUCAACUUGAUGAAUCCUCCCCUGAUUCUUCUAUAUAACUUGAUCCCUCCUUUUAAAAAAGAAUGGAGAAAGGGGCAGCUAGGUGGCACAGUGGAUAGAGCACCCUGGAGUCAG